AUGGGAGAUCAGAAGACUUUGGAAGAGCUGAGAGCUAAGAUCAUGGAAUCGAUGGGGAAAAAAGAUGCAGUUGUUCCUUCGGAACAGAAGAUAGAUGGUCCACAAAAGAGGUUAAGGAGCACCAGGGGUCCUGACCAUCAUGACCAUUACAAGCGCCGUGCGUAUGGAAACGAGCCUGGUUUUGAUGAAAGAACACCACAGAAUUGUCUACCUGCUCAACCACACAAUGAUAACCGAUAUUCUGAUGCGAAUAAAGGAUAUACACAACGCAACAAUUACAACAACAACAACAACAACAACAACAACAACAACAACAAUAAUAAUGAAUAUGUGCAACAAUCUAAUUACAACAACAACAAUUCUGGAUAUUCUAACGGCGGGAGAUAUAGAACCAACUAUGGCAAUGACGAUUCUGGAUCUAGCAGAUAUAAAAACAACAACGAAGAUAGAAACAACAACAGAAAUAGUGGUCCGCCAAAUAAUCGUCAAUAUAACAAUCGCAAUAACUACAAUAACAACAAUAAUAAGAACAAUAAUAGAACCGGAAAUCAAUACAAUAAUAACAGGCAACAAUACAGGCAAAGAGACAAUACUUCGAAACAAACAAAUGCGUUCCAAAAAGUACAUUUAUAUAAAAACCUAACACAAAGUAUAAUAAACUCAACAAUUGUCAUCUCUAAUAUCGAAUUCGAUAACGAAAACAAGACAGAAUCGGCCUUUAAGAAGUUGAUAGAUAAUUAUUGUAAAGGUCUCGGCAUGAAUUUUGAAUUGGUUAAUUUCAAAUACAAUAGUUCAUUAAACAACGUCGUCAUUAAGUUUAAUUCUGCGGAAUGUACAACUAUGACCCUUGCAUGCCGAUCGUUCUUAUCUAAAAAGGCAUCUCAACAGGAUUGCACAUGGAACAGACCAAAUGGAUAUGUGUUACAACGGGACAAUAUGUCGAAAACUUGCAAUGCUAACGCUGUAGCUUUAGAAAAUGUUGAAUUGGCGAUAAGCGAAGACAAAGAUGUACAGAAGUCCUCCACAAAUUAUAUCAAAUCAUUGGGUCUCUCUACUGAAAAUUGGGAAGUUCUUCCAUUAAUGUAUAAAGAGAAUGAUGAAAAAGACCCAGAGUUUACUGGAUGUAUAUUAUUAACAUCUGCUACAAAUUCCCCUCAAAUUGAUUCCAAAACUUUGGAAAAUAAUAAAUGGUUCAAACCGAAUAAUAGUUUGAAGUUACAUCAAGAGACGAGAUCAUUGGUUUUUAAUAAUCUAAGUAAAAAAACAGCUGAGAACCGUAUUCCAGAAUCACGCAUACUAAUGCUGUUAAACUGUGUUAACCCUCUAGAACUUAACAACGACCCAGCACUGGCUAGAGAUAUACAGGAAUGUCUACAGUUAUCUUUACCAAACACUGAAUCUGUACAAGUCAUCAAACCCAGUGCAGAUUACAGACUUACCUUUAAUUAUCUAAACGAACAGGCAGGCAACAUAUAUGUGAAAUUUCAGGAUAUCGCAUCAGCCAAACAAGCAAUCAACAUAUUCGCAGAGCGCAGAUUUAAUGGAAGACAUGUACUACAUACAUUCGUCAACGAAGAGGAUUAUAUAAAUAUACUACAAGGAUAA